AUGGGGUGCAGCUGCAACGUCAAGCACUGGCUCCUCGCCGGGGCCGUCUUGGGAGCUCUGCUGGCUCUUCUUGGGGGUAUCCUCAUUCCAGUGGGGGAUUCUAUCAUCAGGGACACCGUCACGAAGGAGGUAGUCAUCGAACCGGGAACCACUGCUUAUGAAAUCUGGGCGUCAGCAGAGGCACCAGUGUAUCGGCAGUUUUGGCUGUUUGAUGUCCAGAAUCCAUUGGAAGUUGUGGAAAAUGGGUCAACACCAGUGGUAGUGGAGAGGGGACCGUAUACAUACAAAACCCGAUACCUGGCCAAAGAGAACGUCACCGUACACAGCAAUGGCACCAUCGCAUUCUUACUCCCAGCCGGAGCCAUAUUUGAACCCUCAAUGUCGAUAGGACAGGAGGAAGAUCGAAUCACAGCUCUGAACCUGGGUAUACCGGCUGCUCAUGCUCUGUUUCCCAAAGAAGCUCACACACUCCUGAAUAUUCUGAUCAACAUGAACAACGCCUCACUCUUCCAGAGCAGGACUGUUAAAGAGAUCUUAUGGGGUUAUUACGAUCCCAUAACGAAGCAGACAGUUGGUGUGUUCUACCCAUACAAUGGCACAUUUGAUGGAUACUACAAUGUUCACACUGGGAAGGAGGACAUCUCUAAGGUUGGGGUUAUCGACAGGUGGAAGGGAGAGCGGCAACUGUCAUACUGGAAGGACAAUUACUGCGACAUGAUUAACGGAACAGAUGCUUCAUCAUUUGCACCUUUCCUGGACAAGAAAAAGGAUCUGUUCUUCUUCACUUCAGAUAUUUGCAGGUCUGUCUCGGCAGAGUUCACCGACACCGUCGACCUGAAGGGAAUCGAGAUGUACCGCUACAUGCUCCCCCCCUUAACGCUCGCGGCCCCCACGGUCAACCCCGAUAACAAAUGCUACUGCCACAAUGAGAACGCCACCAGUAACUGCAGUGUGGCUGGGGUACUGGACACCAGUAGCUGUAGACAGGGAGUGCCCAUCUACAUAUCACUGCCUCACUUCCUGUAUGGUAGUGAAAUCCUGCGAGAGAAUGUGCUGGGCUUAGACCCCAGUGAAACGUAUCACAACACAUUCCUGGAUGUGGAACCGACCACCGGCUUCACAAUGAGGUUUGCGAAGAGGAUUCAGAUCAACAUGAUGUACACCUCCUCAGACGUGAUAAAAGUGCUAAACAAGGUUAAAGAGCACACUAUAUUCCCUCUGGUAUGGCUAAACGAGACUGCCGAGCUGGAUGAAGAGACAGCGGACAUGUUCAAGGCAGAGAUGUUAUCACGCAUCGCGAUGCUGGAGACUGUACAGGUGACCUUACUGUCCCUUGGGUCAGUGGUCUUCGUGGUCUGCAGCAUCGCCGCUUACGUCGUUCACAGGAAAUCCAAGCACGGACAGAUUGCAUGAUUUGGGACAUUUUCAGCCUGAACAUAUGCUCAGGAAGCAAGCACUGACCAUUACCAGAAAGUCUUCGUAACUCUGCAAGAUAACUAUUCUAGUCUGAGAAAUAUUAGUAUAAUUGGUGGCUACAAUAAGCAUUUGCAUUUCCUGCCUUUUGACAGAAAUUGAUUAUGUACAGUACUGUACAAAAUACUGUACAAUACUACACUGGCUGUAUGUACUGUACAGGUACUAAAGUCUUAGAUGACAUUUAGAUGACAAAAUGUUAAUUUUCUUAGUAUCGGUUUAUUACUUUUAACUACGUUUUAAGGUCUAUUGCUUUCCUUUGUAUCUUGGGAACUCGUUCGACGGUGUUUGCGGUCCAUGGUGCAUUUAAAUAUAACAUUAAUAAGAGCGCUGCUGUUGGAAUCUUAACGCGACUGCGUUUGUUUACAUACUAUCAACUGUGCGGCAGGUCGCUGCGCAGUUGUUUUACGUUCAUGUCUGAUUCGAGAUUGUUAUUUGAUUCGAUCUGUGCUAUCUCUCUUGGAGCCUGGUGGUAUGUUGGUAAGCAAUGCAAACCUGCAUUAUUAGUUUGCAUUAAUCAUGGUUUUCUUGUGUAAUGGAACUGAUAAUGUGGGAAUAUCUCUGAGACAUUACAGUUGUCUGAAAAAGCUGUAAUUCUAAAAAUGGGUUAGUAACACCCCACUGACCUUUUUAGUGGAAAGAAAGUGAAUAAUGUUCCUUUCGUUUGGAAUGUCAUAAUUUGAUUAGAUAAAAGGCUUUGGUAGUAUGUGUUUUAAGAUUUGUGAAGGGUGAUAUU